UUAUAUUAACAAAAUGGUUAAAAACGACCCUAAGCGAAUUGGAUAUCUCAGAAUCUCACUCUCGCGUCUGUAUGUGAAGCACUCAACAUGAGCAAUGUUGCUACUAAGGUCGCCGUGAUUGGAAGCGGAAUAUCUGGAGCUGUAUGCGCAUCAACUCUUGCAAGGAAUGGAGUUUCAGUCACCCUCUUCGACUCCGCCCGAGGCCCUGGAGGCCGCAUGUCCCAGAGAAGUCUUUGAGAUUUUCUGUAGAGAAAUUGCUGAAGAUGGGAAGGAGCUAUUGUUCGAUCAUGGUGCCCCAUUUUUCAGUAUCAGCAACACUGAUGUGUUAAGGCUUGUUCAUGAGUGGGAAUUGAAAGGUCUUGUUGCUGAGUGGAAAGAGAAUUUCGGAUCUUUUGAUUAUCACUCCAAAAAAUUUAUUGAAAUAGAUCAGGAUGGAAUGAGCAAAAGAUAUGUUGGUGUGCCGGGCAUGAAUUCUAUAUGUAAAGCAUUAUGCAAUGAGACUGGAGUGGAAAGCAAGUUCGGUGUAGGAGUUGGGAGGCUGGAGUGGUUAGAUAAUGAGAAUUCAUGGUUGGUAAUGGGCAUGGAUGGACAAAAUCAUGGUUCUUUUAAGGGUGUGGUUGCAUCAGACAAAAGUAUUUUUUCUUCAAGGUUUAAAGAUGUGACAGGAUCUCCACCACCACUUGAUUUGAGUUUGGUUCCAGAAUUGGCAAUGAAGUUACAAGAUAUUCCUGUUAAUCCUUGUUUUGCUCUUAUGCUAGCGUUCACAGAGCCUUUGUCUUUGAUACCUGUAAAAGGCUUCUCCUUCAAGAAUUCUGAAAUUUUAAGCUGGGCUCAUUGUGACAGCAGCAAGCCGGGUCGGUCAACCACAAGUGAACGAUGGGUAUUGCAUUCAACGUCAAAGUAUGCUCGUGAUAUAAUCAGUCAAACUGGACUAAGGAAGCCUUCAGCUGCAACAUUAACAAAAGUUGCUGAAGAUGUGUUGGAAGAAUUUAAAAGUACAGGACUUAAUGGCUCUCAGCCAUUCUUCAGAAAAGUUCAUCGGUGUGUUGACUUUGUUGUGUCUACUGGCGGGUGUUUGUCUAGGGGAAGUGCUUUCCCAGCAGCAAGUGUAGCUGGAGAAGAAAAAUGCUUGUGGGAUGAUAAGAAGAAAUUGGGCAUCUGUGGAGAUUUUUGUGUUAGUCCAAAUGUUGAAGGUGCGAUUCUUAGUGGCUUGGCAGCUGCUGCAAAGCUUAUAGACGCACCAAGUUGCUUGUAGGGUACUUCCAUUUUGUCAUUUCUCUCACCUCCUUAUCAUUCUUUUAUUAUGGUGCAAUUAUUUCUGUGAUGUAUGUUACAAGUAAUUCAGAAGCUACAGCCAAUUUCUCCUUA